CCGAAAACAGUUUUUGGAGAACCUCAACUUGAGGGGUAAAGGGAAAUCGUAGAACAAAAAACGUAUUUUUAGAGAGAGAGAAACAGUCUUGGAGAGAGGGAGAGAGAGAGAGAGAGAGAGGAAAACGAAGAAGAAGAAGAAGAAGAAGAAGAAGGAAAAGGGCGUCGGAGAUCUUGUCAGAUCGGAACCGGAACUUGUAAUCAGUAAUGGGAAGGGAACUUUCUGGUUUACAGAUGGAGAAGAAGCCAAAUGGCAUUUCUCAUGAUAGAGUUCAUGUUGCUCCGAAAAUAUCGGAAGAUAGCUUUGAAGCAAAGGACUAUGAUGUGAAGGAAUGUACAAAAGAGAACUCAGUUGUUGACAAAUGUCAUGAAGAACAAGUAGUUUUGGGAGUCAAAAGCAUAAAUCUUGACGAGGGCCUGAGUGAGGGGAAGAAUGAGAAAUCUGGAACUCAGAAGUCAAGAGACACUAAAAUGUCAAGUUCGCCUGCUUCAAAAUCUCCGGUUUCUGGAAAUGGGCGUAGCAAAUGCACUGUGCCUCAGCCAUUUUCUCUGGCAACUGAGAAGCGUGGCUCGUGCACGCAUUCUGUUGGGCUUGAAACUGUAGCUUCAGCAUGUGCUAAUUAUGUGCUCUCUCCUAGUGCUACAAAGACUAUACAGAUACAGCCAAACUCUCCUUUAACAUCCCGGAAGCCAUUCCAAAAGCAUGCUGAUGAAGAAGACAAUUGGUCUGUUGCUUCCUCUACUGCUGCAUCUGUUCGAACAACAAAAUCCAAGGUUACUGUUGGACACGCUCCAACUUUUAGAUCCUACAAACGUGCAGAGAAGCGGAAGGAAUUCUAUUCCAAGUUGGAGGAGAAACACCAUGCUCUAGAAGCAGAGAGAAGUCAGUGUGAAGCAAGGACCAGGGAAGAGCAAGAAGAAGCAAUCAAGCAGCUAAGGAAGAGUUUGGUGAUCAAAGCAAAUCCAGUACCUAGUUUCUACUAUGAGGGGCCUCCACCCAAGGUGGAGCUCAAGAAGCUGCCACUGACACGGCCCAAGUCACCCAAGCUUAACAAAAUGACCCGGAGAAAGAGCUGCAGCGAUGCAGUCAUUGCAUCACAGGAGGAAAAGGAAAGAGCUGCUCGGGUACAACGCCACAGCCUUGGUAGCAACAAAGAAGGCACCGCCUCCACUCCCAAAAGUAAGGGCCCGAGCAGUAGACGUAAUGGUAGUGAGCCUAAUGGUACCUUGAAAGUCAGAGAUCGAUUCAAGCAGGAAAAUGGGGCGACAAAAACAGCUCCUCCAAAGAUUGCCGACCAGACUAAUGUAGACAUUGCUGUCCAGUCGUGAAGUUGUAGCUUGUCAUCUGAUUCAAGUGAGGGAAUUCAAAAAAAAGGCCUUGAAUUUGCUAAGUUAUUACCUCUUGGGUGUUCUGAAAGGAAAUAGCCUCUUUCUUUUCGCCUGAAAUGACUUGUUAUGUGGUUUGUGUUGUUGUGAAAUGUAUAUGUUUUGUAAUCGACUUUGGCACUGGUAAAUAUCUUGUCAUAUAUAAGUAGAGUCCUCCAUUCUAAGUACGGACCAUAAAUGUAUUCAUCUGAUCUGUCGUCUGAGAAAGUAGAGUUGCUGUUUGCAGUUUUGUUCUUGUUAGGUAUAAACUCUAGUGUGUGGUGAA